AUGUCCCGCGAGUCCGACUCAUCUGUCUCGACCACGAGCAUCGUCUUCGACCGUAUCAGCGAGCGUCUAUCGAGCCAUAACCGCUCCUCCUCCAAACGCCGUACCUCCCCAAGCCCUCGCCGAGGCAAUGAGACCCCGUAUGUGGACGAUGAUACCCUCACAGACUUCAAUGAGGAGGAUCCCCUCAAGGAAGAGACCACCAGCGACCUGGAGACCGGGCCCUUCCUCGGGAAUGGCGCAGCAGUCACAGGGCCGAAGCGUAUGGACAAGACGCUGAAGCGUAUGCUUUUCGUCUCUGCCGGCGUCUUUGUUGCUGCCUGGGUCGUCGCACUCGUCAUGUUCAUAUCCUCAAAGUCCUACUUGCAUCCGUCCGACUUUGAACACGAUCCGCAAGCUACGGUCUCGCGGGGUAGUGGCAAGAAGCUCACCCUGGACACCGUCAUGUCGGGGUCAUGGGUGGCCAAUACACACACUCUUGCGUGGGUUGCUGGCCCGAAUGGAGAAGACGGGCUGCUGCUCGAGCAGGGCGACUCGACAGACGGGUACCUGGUAGUAGGAGACGUCAGAAACAAGAAUCCAGAGCUGGCCCCCAGCGUGAAUACUGCAGAGACGAAAGUCCUGAUGAAGAAUGGCUGGUUCUCCUACGGCGGGUUACAACAUCAGGCCUCUACGGCAACUCCUUCUUCCGACAUGAGCAAAGUGCUCGUGAGCAGCGAUGACGAACGCGUUUUCAGGCACUCGUCCACAGCCAAGUACUGGCUCUUCGAUGUGGCAUCGCAGAGCGCCGAGCCGUUGGUCCCUGGAGAUGCCAACGCGAUUAUCCAGCUGGCCAAGUGGAGCCCUGCGAGCAAUGCAGUGGCCUUUGUCAGGGACAACAAUCUAUACGUGCGCUUCAUCGGGUCGCAGGAGUUGCGGCAGGUCACGAACGAUGGCGGUGCAAAUUAUUUCUACGGCCGUCCUGACUGGGUGUACGAGGAGGAAGUUCUCGGCGGCGAUACGGCCACCUGGUGGUCCAAGGACGGCAAAUACCUUGCCUUCUUCCGGACGAACGACACUGCGGUGCCCGAGUACCCCGUACAAUACUUCAUCUCGAAGCCCAAAGGCAGCCAGACGGAGAGCUCUGACAGCUACCCGCAAGAGAUGAACAUGAAGUAUCCCAAAGCCGGCGCGCCGAACCCCGUCGUGGACCUGCUCUUCUACGACGUUGAUCGAGGCGACCAGUUCGAGGUCAAGAUCGACGGCGGCUUCGCAGACGACGACCGGCUGAUCACCGAGGUCGUGUGGGCUGGUCAGAAUGUCAUCAUCAAGGAGACAAAUCGCGUGUCAGAUAUCAUGCGUGUCGUCCUCGUGGAUGUAGCUUCGCGCACGGGCAAGACUGUGCGGACCGACGAUGUUGGCAAGCUGGACGGCGGCUGGUUCGAGAUAUCCCAGAACACGCGCUAUAUCCCGGCGGACGCUACGAAGCAACGGCCGUACGAUGGCUAUAUUGAUACUGUCAUCUAUGAAGAUGGCGACCACCUCGCCUACUUCACACCCCUCGACAACCCAGACCCUAUCAUGUUGACAAAGGGGAAGUGGGAAGUUGAACAGGGUCCUUCCGCUGUGGAUCUGAACAAGAAUCUCGUGUACUUCAUUGCGACCAAGGAAUCGUCGAUCCAGAGGCACGCCUAUAGUGUCAAGCUCGACGGUACCGGUCUCGAGCCCGUGACAGAUGUCAGCAAGGAGGGCUACUACAGCUUGUCCUUCUCUUCUGGUGCUGGCUAUGCCCUUGUGAAUUACCAGGGGCCCAACAUCCCAUGGCAAAAGGUGAUCAGCACGCCGAGUCAAUCUGAGAAAUAUGAACAUGUGGUCGAGAAGAACGCAGACCUUGCGGAUCGUGCCAAGAAGUACGAACUCCCGAUCAAGAUUUAUGGCACCCUGGAAGUAGAUGACGGCAUCCAGCUGAACUACGUCGAGCGACGUCCUCCGCACUUUGAUCCCAACAAGAAGUACCCAGUCUUGUUCUUCCAGUACAGCGGCCCGGGAUCGCAGUCAGUCAACAAGAGGUUUGCCGUGGAUUUCCAAUCCAGCAUUGCCAGCUUGGGGUAUCUCUGCGUCACGGUCGACGGCCGCGGCACUGGCUUCAUUGGGCGCAAGAACCGCGUCAUCGUCCGCGAACACCUGGGCCACUGGGAAUCACACGACCAAAUCGCGGCGGCAAAACACUGGGCGUCUCUGCCCUACGUUGAUCCUGCACGGCUCGCCAUCUGGGGAUGGUCCUAUGGUGGUUACAACACGCUCAAGACGCUGGAACAGGAUGCAGGCCAGACCUUCAGCUACGGCAUGGCGGUGGCUCCUGUGACGGACUGGCGGUACUAUGACUCGAUCUACACAGAGCGGUACAUGAAGACACCACAAGAAAACGAGGCCGGCUAUGAUGGGACGGCCAUCAAUAAUGCCACUGCGCUCGGGGAGAACAAGCGGUUUCUGAUCAUGCACGGCACAGGGGACGACAAUGUGCAUGUGCAGAAUACGCUGACGCUGCUUGACAAGCUGGAUCUGGCCAGCGUGGAGAACUAUGAUGUGCACGUGUUCCCGGACAGCGAUCACAGCAUUUACUUCCACAACGCCAACAAGAUUGUGUAUGAAAAACUGCAAAAUUGGAUCAUCAACGCCUUUAACGGGGAGUGGCUCAAGGUCAGCCAUGCAGUGCCCAUCGACAAGAGACGCAUUGUAGCUGAGAUUGAGGCCACGAUGGCAUAAGGCUGCGAGACCGGUGUGUCUUGCCGCUGGCGUUUGGUUGCUAUCAUAGAAGGCGCGUCGGCAUGGCGUUCGGGUGGCAAUUUGUUUCUUGUCUUUCUUCUUCUCUUCCUCAAGCAUUAUUCAUCUCGCAUACAUCCGUUACCGAACACGGGACCGAGUUCCUGGCAUGCAAAAAUUAUACAAUCAUUACGAU